UUCUUGAACCUCUUUCACGCUCAUGUCACGUCGAGGUACUGCAGAAAAAAGAACUGCAAAAUCUGAUCCAAUUUUUCGUAAUCGAUUAGUUAACAUGGUGGUUAACCGUAUUCUGAAAGACGGAAAAAAAUCAUUGGCUUAUCAAAUUCUCUAUCGAGCCGUGAAAAAGAUUCAACAAAAGACAGAAACAAAUCCACUCUUGGUUUUACGUCAAGCAAUACGUAGAGUAACUCCCAAUAUAGGAGUAAAAACAAGACGUAAUAAAAAAGGAUCGACGCGGAAAGUUUCAAUUGAAAUAGGAUCUAAACAAGGAAGAGCACUUGCCAUUCGUUGGUUAUUAGAAGCAUCCCAAAAGCGUCCGGUUCGAAAUAUGGCUUUCAAAUUAAGUUCCGAAUUAGUAGAUGCUGCCAAAGGGAGUGGGGGUGCCAUACGCAAAAAGGAAGCGACUCAUAGAAUGGCAGAGGCAAAUAGAGCUCUUGCACAUUUUCGUUAAUCCAUGAACAGAAUCUAUGUAUGUAGACACAUGGAUCCGUACAUCUCGAUCGAAAAA